AUUCAGUGGCCUUGAAGAGGACUUCUGCUUUUUCCUCCGCAUUUUUAUAUUCACUGCUGUUUUUGCACUUCCGCUCACUACUGAUCUCACUCCAGCUAGAGAGAUGGCGUCAUCCGGUCUAGUCUGCGAAACUGAUGCAUGGAAGGAUUUAAAGGCCCAUGUUGAAGACAUUAAAAAGACUCAUCUGCGUGAAUUGAUGAGCGAUGCGAAGAGAUGCCAGUCCAUGAUGGUUGAGUUUGAUGGGUUAUUGUUGGAUUACUCAAGGCAAUGUGCCACUGUCGAUACAUUCAAUAAGCUCAACAAAUUAGCCGAGGCAGCUCAUCUGAAAGAAAAGAUUAACCUGAUGUUCAGUGGAGAGCGUAUAAACAGCACAGAAAAUAGAUCUGUCCUUCACGUAGCUCUUCGUGCUCCAAGGGGUUCAGUUAUAAACAGUGACGGGAAGAAUGUGGUACCUGAUGUUUGGCAAGUUCUUGAUAAGAUUAAGGAUUUCUCUGACAGGGUCCGCAGUGAUGCCUGGGUUGGAGCCACUGGGAAGCCAUUAACAAAUGUUAUUGCAAUUGGGAUUGGAGGAAGCUUUCUAGGCCCUCUUUUUGUUCAUACAGCACUUCAAACAGACCCAGAAGCUGCUCAAUUGGCUAGUGGUCGGAAACUGCAUUUUCUUGCAAAUGUCGAUCCAAUUGAUGUUGCAAGAAACAUUACAGGGCUGAAUCCUGAAACUACAUUAGCUGUCGUGGUAUCAAAAACUUUCACCACAGCAGAGACUAUGCUCAAUGCUCGGACUAUAAGGGAGUGGAUCUCAGCUGCCUUGGGACCUGAAGCGGUUGCAAAACACAUGGUUGCUGUCAGCACUAACCUAACUCUUGUAGAAAAGUUUGGCAUCGAUCCAAAUAAUGCUUUUGCUUUCUGGGACUGGGUGGGAGGACGCUACAGCGUUUGCAGCGCGGUUGGAGUAUUGCCUCUUUCUCUGCAAUAUGGUUUUGCAGUCGUUGAAAAGUUCCUCCAAGGAGCUUCAAGUAUUGAUCAACAUUUCCAUUCAGCACCUUUUGAGAAAAACUUACCUGUGCUACUGGGCUUGCUGAGUGUUUGGAAUGUGUCGUUUCUUGGCUAUCCUGCUAGAGCCAUAUUACCUUACUCUCAAGCACUGGAAAAACUUGCACCACAUAUUCAGCAGGUUAGCAUGGAGAGUAAUGGGAAAGGUGUGUCAAUUGAUGGUGUUCCCCUUCCCUAUGAGGCAGGUGAGAUUGAUUUUGGUGAACCAGGAACAAAUGGACAACACAGCUUUUACCAACUAAUUCACCAGGGUCGUGUUAUUCCGUGUGAUUUUAUUGGGGUGGUGAAGAGUCAGCAACCUGUUUACCUGAAAGGUGAAUUGGUCAGCAACCACGACGAGCUCAUGUCAAACUUCUUUGCCCAGCCAGAUGCGCUUGCUUAUGGAAAGACUCCCGAACAGCUGUUGAAAGAGAAUGUUCCUAGUAAUCUUAUUACACACAAGACUUUCUCUGGCAAUCGGCCCUCUCUCAGUCUUCUGCUUCCUUCAUUAAAUGCUUACAACAUUGGACAGUUGUUGGCAAUUUAUGAGCAUAGAGUUGCUGUAGAAGGAUUUGUGUGGGGUAUCAAUUCCUUUGACCAAUGGGGCGUAGAAUUAGGAAAGUCUCUGGCUACUCAAGUAAGAAAGCAGCUUCAUGCAUCUCGUAAGAACUCCGAACCUAUUGAGGGCUUCAAUUUCAGUACUGCAACACUCCUGACGCGAUACCUAGAGGCGAGCAAGGACAUUCUAAAGGAGGACUCCACAGUUUUGCCAAAGUUGUAAGCAUCAACCGGACUGAAAAACGAUCCGGUUAACCACAGGUUGAUUUCGUUUCCCUGCAAUGGAACAGCAUAAAGAGUUAGCUUUGCUGCUAUGACUGCUUAACUUGCAAUUUUCCAAAGUUAGGUGAAUACAUAUAACUGCCUACAACUGUACCUGUGCAGUUUCCCUUUGUAUUUAUCUUGUACUUGCAACAUGGUGUACAAGACAAAUCUUAUUAAACGAUCGAAAUAAAAAGGGAUCUUAAGAACUUA